AUGCAGAGAGGACAACGCAGAGCAAAUGCUGGGCUUCUAUUGUUGUUUGCCCAGUUGUAUCAGUUUGGUUUUAAUAACAUCCCUCCUGUGACUUUAGUCCUGCUUGGACUUAAUAUUUAUCUAUUUUUAAACCCCAUGAAACCACUGCUUUAUGUUUGUAUCAGUGUACAUGAAGGCUAUGAUCACAGAGACUGGGAACGUUUACUUUUCUCACCUUUCCACCAUGCUGAUGACUGGCAUCUAUAUUUUAAUAUGGUGUCACUCUUAUGGAAGGGAACAAAACUGGAGCGGAGGCUGGGAAGUGUGUCAUUUGCUGUCAUAAUUGCAACCUUCUCACAACUGAUUGGCGUGGUUUAUGUUCUGAUUCAGUUACUCCUGGCUGAAAGUAUGGAUGACCCAUCCUAUAAGAUGCAGUGUGCUGUGGGAUUCUCUGGGGUACUUUUUGCUUUAAAAGUUCUGAAUAAUCAUUAUCACCCUGGAGGCUCAACCAGCGUAUUUGGAUUACAAGUUCCUAACAAGUAUGCUUGCUGGGCCGAGCUAGUAGCAAUUCAUAUACUUUCUCCAGGGUAAGUAACUUAAUGUUAUAUCAUCUUUAUUUGUCUUGCUAUAUAAUUUUCCUAAAUGCGUGUUUUGCAUCUUACCCAUAGAGUAACAUUUUCAUCAUUAAAGGCUAAUCCAUACCAAAUUUGUUUAAAGAAAGUAGAAAGAUAGAGACAUUAUUAUUA